AUGCGUUCAUUUUUACUCACUGCUGCUUGUGUUAUCUUUGCAUGUGCCAGCACUAUCAUGGCUCAAAUUGAUACAGUCCCAGAUUCACAGAUGUGGGAUAAUCCUAAAUUUGAAUCCAAACACAAGUCCAAUUAUCAGUUCCGUAUUCGUCGUCGUAUCCCCGUAGAUGACCCACACCGUGACGAAUAG